CUCCCUACCAUCGUCAUCAGAGGCAUCGUGAUCGAGUUGGCGGAAAUAGCUGCACCGUAAACUUACGCGCGGCCCUUUUCGACAACUUAUCUAGACGUUGCGACGCGUUGUUAUUUCAAACCGAAGUCUGUUCAUCGCGAUGAGUACGGGUUAUGAACACCUGUGAUCAUGCUAGCCAUGCUUAUUUAUCAUUGCUGGUGGCGGUAAGUUAAAGGAAAUGCGAAAACUAACUACCGCUAUUACAAUCGUUACGAACGGGCCCGCCUCCAAUGACAGCUCCAUUGCCUUUCGGCUUGUACCUUGCUUCCUUUGAACAGAGAAGAAAGGGAAUCGCCAUUAACCAAAAUCAGCUGCCGCACUACGACAGAGGACAAACAUGCGUCUACUCAACACUGUGUCUUUAAUGAAUGUACUGCUGUCUCUUCGUCCCGUGGGAGACAACUUCCUCGAGGAACUUUCUGCGUCCCGGAGACUGCAUCCUGAAAGAAUCCAAACCGACGGGGCGUAAGUCGAGGUGGGGUCGCCACGAAACGAAGACUAAGGAGGCGAAAUCAGCGGAAUAACGGAGCAAGGCCUGCAGGAGCCUGCCACCAAAUUACACUCAUGCAAGGUUUCCGGUUGAUUGCCAUGGUCUUACGACGCAGCGAGAAAGCCAAGCCAACCGCGGUCAUUACGAGCAGAAUAUUCGCAAGGGCCGAGAUCUCGUCUCCUGAUCGUAGGAGCGUUGGACAAAGAGGUUCGCUCACAAACAAGACCCUUCUCUUGCACCAUCUGUUUUUGCUGCUAUCGUUGAAGAAAGCCUCCCGAAGGACUCUCGCUUUCCAGUAUUACAACACCAUCCCAGAAUUGUCGACAAGCAAGAGCCGCAGAAAAUUCGCCAAUUCUGAAGGCGUUGCCUUUUUUCCUACCAGCUACGAGCCUGGAUGAUCACUAUAGAGUGGUUUCCUUUCGUCCACCCUUGCUGAUGCCUAAUAGAUCUUAGGCGUUUGAUGGUAAGAGCAAGGCAAGAAUGAUGGCAAUGCAUAGCAGUCCGAUGCUGUUCCGGGCAAGAAGACGCUGCUUGUUGCGGGAGCAAGCCAGCCAGCCAGCCAGCCAGCCAGCUAAGCUCUUCGCGGAACUGCUGCCG